AUGAAUAAUAUAUCAAAUAAAUUCGCGGGAGACGAAGCCCCGGACUUGACCUCCGCCGAAUUUCGAGCGCGUAAAGCCAUCGUCCAACAGGUGGAGAAAUGGUGCGAUGAUCAUGCAAAUGAGCCGAAGGCGCGGAUAUACAAGAAUCAGUGGUCGCCCAUUUUGUAUAAGUAUGAGAUCGUGAAGACUUCAGCCAAGACAGAGCGCGACUGGGGGCACCUUCUCUUCACUGAUAUGACACUGUCUUACUUCAUGCUCGUAAUGACUUUCCCUCAGGCCUGCAACUGCGGCAACUUAUCACACCAUGACUACGGUGCUCUCACACGCUACCAUGCCGAUCGAUUCAUGUCACUCCUCGUUUAUCUACACGAAGAGUGGGACUGGGGACCAAACCCCCGCUGGGUGCGCGCGACCUACGUGACUCCAGCAGAGGGUCUCAGGCUUGCGCCCGACUUCUUGGAUAACAUCGGUGCUCAAACACCCGGAGAGGAUCUGAAGGAUGGUCGGCCUCCUAUCUAUGUUGCUACAGCGGAUAGCUUUUCCCCGUCGCUGUUCCCCAAUGAGCUGGAGAAGAUCGACAACACAGUUGCGCGCGGCUCUACUACCAAGAAUCGCAAAGGCGCAGGUGUACGCGAAAGGGUACUCGGAUCGAAGGAGGAUAGGCCGGACGUCAGUGCGGCUCUGCGCGGCAAGAAUAUGCGCCAGUGUGGAUUCUGCCAGGAAGCUAAAGAGCUGAGCGAACUGCGUCUAUGUGCAGGGUAG